AUGCCUGCCCUGAGUAAUUCAAUGUUACGACCACACAGUCGCUACAUUCACCUCAUCGUCAGCAUUGUUGUGGCUGCAUCUGCAUCAUCCAGCGCCGAAUCAUCGUCAGCAUUAUCCACCAACGGAAAUACACAGUUGCCAACAACGCCAUCUUCGGCUUCGCUAACAAUAAAAGCUAAUGAUCUCUCAUUGAACGUGGAGAACGGAUACCAGUUGGUGGUCGUUGUCGUUGCGCACUCUACAAACAUGACCGUGGACGUCAACCAAAGCCAGAGCAGAAAGCCUAGCCUCGAUUUCUGCAUUAACCUGACCUUAACCCAAAUACAUGACAACUUCACCGAGUGCCUGCCUCCUCUACCGAAGCAUCUUUAUUUCACUGACGAUAACAUCGUCUCCGUGGCUGCUUACUCCUGCAUGUUCAUUGUCGCUGCCUGUGGGAAUCUCACGGUGUUUAUAACAUUGUUCAGAAACAGAAGGGUCAAGUCAAGGAUCAACAUGUUUAUAAUGCAUCUGGCCAUAUCUGAUCUCAUUGUAACGUUUGUCAUGCUGCCUCUGGAGAUCGCCUGGAACUCGACCGUUGCUUGGUUGGCCGGGGAUGUGGCCUGCAGACUUCUCACCUUCUUCAGAGCGGUCGGCUUCUAUUUGUCGUCGUUUAUCCUUGUUUCAAUCAGUCUUGAUCGAUAUUUCGCCAUUAUGAGGCCGCUGUCAAUCACAGAUGCUGACCUGAGAGCUAAAGUGAUGUUGUUGAUUUCUUGGUUAUUGUCUAUUGUUGCCAGUGUGCCACAGGACGGACAAUUCAUUGAACACUUUCAGUGUUCAAACAAAAAUAUCAGAUCUAAUCGAAACGUAUCUGUAUAA